AUGGGCAACUGUUAUUCAACCGCAAACUUGGAAUACGAACAGGACUCGUCUCCACGUAGUUCCGUUAGUCGUUCAUCAUCCAAGAAACGAAGCAGCAUCGAAUCAUUUAAAACAGAACGAAGAUGUAGCCAAGCUCAUCCAAGCAUAUGGCUGUCUGACUCGACCAACUUGGAAGAAGACGUGGGUCGCAUUCAACUACAACAUCGUUUACUGCGCAAUGCCUGGAAUGCCGAUUUUAUUGCCCCAGUCAAAGAGAAACUUCAAUCUGGCAUCAGAGUCCUCGAUAUCGGGAGCGGAAUGGGCGUAUGGGUAUGCGAACGAGCGGCCGAAUUUCCAAAGUCGAAAUUCACUGCUAUCGAUGUCCUCACUGAAGUUACGGCAAAACCCUUGCCACCAAAUGCGAGGUUUACUCAAAACACGCUCCAGAAAAAGCUUCGGUUAGACGACAAGAUGUUUGAUUAUGUUUACGUGCAUUUCCUUACCGGAUACUUUACAAAAAAAGCUUGGGAAGAUUUAGUAUUCAAGGAAGUAGUUAGAGUGACUGAUUCUGGUGGAUGGAUUGAAUUCGUCGAAACUAGUCUCAUGUUGGACCGUGCUGGACCCAUUACUCGGAAAUUGUUGGAUGCAACAUUUGCAUGGGCUAAUUCCCGAGGUUUACACAUGUCACUCUACUCGCAACUGUCGCGUUUGCUUGAAUCCCACCCUCAUAUCAAAGAAUUCAAGCGGGAUACACGCUCGCUACCUAUUGGCAAUUGGGGAGGAGAACCUGGUGAUCUGGCUCUCAAAGCGUAUCUCCCGCUCUUCCGAAUAACGAAAAGACAGAAUAUGGAGUUUAUGAGCACAUCGAAUGAUGAAUAUGAUGCUAUGCUAGAAAAACUUCCAAACGAAUUUAACGAAUAUCGGACGACUUUUACGACAUAUCGCUAUAUAGCCCGAAAGUCAUAA